UCAAGGACUGUGUCUACUCUGCACUCCUCCAACCCGAGCAGACUUCCUGAGAAGAUGCCACCAGUCCUGAUUCUCCUGAUCUUUCUUCUGCCACUGGGAGCUGGUGGAGAGGAGAUCAUCGGGGGACAGGAGGUCUCACCCCACUCCCGCCCCUACAUGGCUUAUGUUAAGUUUCUGGAUGAUGAUGGGAAGAAGUUUUGUGGAGGCUUCCUGGUGCGAGACAAAUUUGUGCUGACAGCUGCUCACUGCCUGGGAAGCUCAAUGAGAGUCAUUCUUGGGGCCCACAACAUCAAGGCACAGGAGAAGACCCAGCAGAUCAUCCCUGUGGCAAAAGCCAUCCCACACCCAGCCUAUAACGAUAAGGACCGCUCCAAUGACAUCAUGCUCUUAAAGCUGCAGAGUACAGCAAAGAUAAAUAAAGCUGUGAGGCCCCUCAACCUGCCCAGGCGCAAGGUCGAUGUGAAGCCAGGGGAUGUGUGCUAUGUGGCUGGUUGGGGAAUGAUGGCCCCGAACGGUGAAUACCCCAACACACUGCAAGAGGUGGAGCUGACGGUACAGAAAGAUCAGUUCUGUGAGUCCCGCUUUCAAGGUUAUUACAACAAAGCCAAUCAGAUAUGUCUGGGGGACCCAAAGAUCAAGAGAGCUUCCUUCCAGGGUGAUGAUGGGGGGCCUCUGGUGUGUAAAAAAGCAGCUGCAGGCAUCGUUUCCCUUGGACAGUCUGAUGGUUCUGCUCCACAAGCCUUCACCAGAGUGUCAAGUUUCCUAUCCUGGAUAAAGAAAACGAUGAAACGCAGCUAACUCCAGAGCAAACCAGACUCUUCUCUGGCUCUGCUUCUUCCCUACAGCUGAGUCCAGGAUUGUCCUAGGACAGAAGCCACAACUCAAUAAAGUUCUCUUUGCUGAA